AAAAAAUAAAUAAAUAAAGGCGGAAAGAGAGAAAGAAAGAAGGAACAAGAAAACCCUAACCCUAACACGACAUUAUCGGCCUCUUUCUCUCCCUAAUCUCCUUUCGCUUCCUUCUCAUGCUCUCCCUCCAAUCACGAAACCCUAAUUUGAGGAUGUGCCUAGCUUUCUUUCUAUUGCCUGAUCUCUCCGGUUGCUUGAUUUACACCCUUAGAUUCUUCUAGAAGGUAUUGGGAUAUUUGUCAAUGGGUGCUCCGAAGCAAAAAUGGACAGAGGAAGAGGAAUUCGCUCUCAAAGCUGGAAUUAGGAAACACGGGGCCGGUAAAUGGCGCACCAUACUGAAGGACCCGGAAUUUAGUGGCAUCUUAUGUUUGCGGUCAAAUGUUGAUCUCAAGGAUAAAUGGAGAAACAUGAGUGUUGUAAUGAAUGGAUGGGGAUCUCGAGAAAAGGGUAGGAUAGCCUUGAAAAAGAGCAAACAGACCCCGAGGCAUGAUGAGAAUCCCAUGGCCCUUACUACUGGAGUUAAAGAUAUUUCUGACGAGAUUGUUGAAGCCAAGCCUCUAGCGAUGUCAGCUGGCCCUCCACAGAUCACUCCGCCAAAGAAAUCAGAGGCAAAGUUAGAGAAUCUUAUACUGGAAGCCAUUACUAACUUGAAGGAGCCUAGCGGAUCCAAUAAAACUGCAAUUGCUAUGUAUAUAGAAGACCAGUAUGUGUCUCCUCCAGAUUUCAAGAGACUGUUGUCUGCAAAAUUGAAAAAGAUGGUUGAAGCAAGGAAAUUGGUUAAGGUAAAGCGUAAAUAUAGGAUAGCACCAAGUUCAGCCUUCACAGAAGGAAGAAGCUCCAAACUUAUGCUCAUUGAGGGGAGGCCAAGGGAAGCUUCUAGAGUGGAUAGAGAUAUCAAACAGAUUAGCAAAUCCCAAGUUGAUGCUUACUUAGCACGGAUGAGAAGUAUGACUACGGAGGAGGCUGAACUUGCUGCUGCUGAGGCUGUUGCAGAGGCAGAAGCUUUAAUGACUGAAGCUGAAGAAGCAGCAAGAGAAGCAGAGGCUGCUGAAGCUGAUUUUGAAGCAAGAAAGGCCUUUGCUGAUGCAGCAACUUUGACGCUCAAAAAAGGAAAUGCUGCUAUCAUGUGGGCAGGAAGUGGCACUUGAGAGUUACAAUCACAUACUAUUUGGUGGGGAAUUUAAAGCAGAUGGUUCGAGGAUUGAAUUCAUCUUUGGACUUCUUCGGACCUUUUUGUACGUAGCGUUUUCUUUAGCGAUUCAUGCCUUUGAUGGCCUGUUUUCUGUUCAAAUCUGUAGAUAUUGUUUAGCUGUGUGUAGUGACUAUGCUAUUAGUCCUAUGUAAAAAUGCAAGAUUCUUUAAUAAGCACGAUGGAAGGAUGCUGUUCAAAUACUUUCGGCGCCUUGAAGUUGUUGUUUCUUUCUUCUACAAUGCAAAGUUCUUGCAGGCUCUUAGGUAUA